AUGAAGCCCGAUGGGACCGUCGAGGUAGCAGUGAAGACUAUUCGUGCUUUCGAAUCCGAUGACGAGGUCUUGAUGCGGAAGAAUAGUAAGAGAGUGCGUCGCGAACUUAAAGUUUGGGGCCGUCUCAAGCAUGAUAGCAUUCUGCCGCUCUCGGGAGUGUCGAAUGACUUUGGACACUACCUCGCAAUGAUUUGCCCAUGGGCUGAAAACGGAGCGCUCACAGGCUAUCUCAUUAGGCAGGAAAGUUCGUUGUUACCUCACGAUAAAUUCUCCCUUCUGAAUGACAUUGCUCUUGGGUUGCAAUACCUCCACGGCGAAUCGAUUAUCCAUGGGGACCUGACAGGGUCAAACGUCUUGAUUUAUGGUAACGGUCGGGCAUGCCUUGCUGAUUUUGGUCUGUCCACCAUAAUCCUGGAGUUCCUUGGUACCUCAUAUAUCACGAGCACCAUCCGAGGGAAUGUCCGAUGGGCAGAUGCAGAAUUAUUUCAAGUAUCAGAGGACGACGAAGUCUCGCUCAGUCCCGAGUGCGACAUAUACUCAUUUGGCAGUAUCAUGCUCCAGACAUCGACUUGCAAGGUACCCUACUACAAUGUGAAGAACGAUAUUGGGGUGUUGGGACGAGUCGUCAAGGGGAUGAAACCAGAACCUCCUAAAGAAUCGCAAAUAGCGCCUGGGCACUGGGAGUUCAUACAGCGAUGCUGGUUGCCUCGCGCAAGUCGUCCGUCGAUUGCAGAAAUCGCUACGUUUGUGGCAUGUGAACGACAAGCUGUAUCAUCCUAGUCACUAAUGGUACCAAUGUAACGAGAAUUGGG